CGGCGCGUUUGUCACGGACGCUUCACACCGUCUACCGACACAGCCCUGCCAAGCGCAGACUCUACAAACAUAAUGGACUGUCAGCUCGGUCUUCAAAGGUCUGAUUGAACCAUUCAAGGGGGUCUCAAAUGCAGCGAGAGGGGUCACGGAAGAAAAACUGGAGAAAGUGAGUGAGACCAAAGGGAGAAUUCAGAGUCCUGCGGGUUAAUUCUGAGGCUUGCAGCUACAAUCUCCAUGUCUAAACAUUCAUGAGCCUGGAGGGGGCAGAGCGACAGAGGGAAGCUGAAUGGAUGGAGCAGCUCAGCGCUCAGACACGAGGCAGAGCUGCAGUCUGACUCGUCUGCACAGCUCUGAGGAGGUACAGCGAGGGAGGAGGUCCGCCUUCACCUGAAGAUUACCGUCUCACACCUCCCUCACCCUGAAGCCCAGUCCAUCAGGGGAGGUGUCACCUCCGGCUCUUUUUCUUCUCGGCACGAUCAGGAGGACUUCUCUGUUGGAAACGGCCAGAUUCAUCAGGAAAGAAGGGGAAGUGAUCAGAGAGGAAAAAGUGAGGAACCUGCUGGUUUUGGGGGGGGAGAUUCAGAUCUGAGCUUCAAGAACAGCAAAAAAAAAGAGCGCCUACAGCCGAGCAAACAAAGGGACCUGGAACUUCCAAACAACUUGGCGUUCUACCAUGAGAACCCAGUUGGACCUUCGGCUGGCUGUGAGCAGGUGGGUCCCCCUGACCCUUCUGAUGGUCCUGCCACACAGCUUUGUGGCUGAGCCAGCAGAGGGAGACCCUGGAGGCUCCGCCCUGCUGCAGAGGGUGAAGCGAGGCUGGGUGUGGAACCAGUUCUUCGUCCUGGAGGAGUACACCGGACUGGAACCCCUGUACAUCGGAAAGCUGCACUCAGACAUGGACAAAGGCGAUGGAUCGAUCAGGUACAUCCUGACAGGUGAGGGCGCUGGAACCACCUUCACCAUCGAUGACAGCACCGGAGACAUCCACGCCAUCCAGAGACUGGACCGGGAGGUGAAAUCGCAGUAUGUCCUUCGGGCCCAGGCUCGCAACCGCCUGACUGACAUGCCUCUGGAACCCGAAUCCGAGUUCAUCGUCAAGAUUCAGGACAUCAAUGACAAUGAGCCCAAGUUCCUGGAUGGGCCAUACCAGGCAACAGUACCAGAGAUGUCCAAAGUCGGAACGCCAGUGAUCCAACUUACAGCCACGGAUGCAGACGACCCCACAUAUGGCAACAGCGCUCGUGUGGUCUACAGCAUCCUGGAGGGACAGCCGUACUUCUCAGUCGACGCCAAAACAGGAAUGGUCCGGGUUUCUUUGGCAGACAUGGAUCGAGAGACCAGGGAGAACUACACCGUGGUGAUCCAGGCCAAAGAUAUGGGCGGACAACUGGGGGGGCUCGCAGGCACAACCACCAUCAACAUCACACUCAGCGACGUCAACGACAAUGCUCCCGUGUUUGACCAGAGGCUGUAUCAGAUGAGCGUGUUGGAAUCGGCCCCCAUGGGGUCGGUGGUGGGUCGGAUCUGGGCCAAGGACAGGGACGUGGGGGUCAACGCAGAGAUGAAGUACAGGAUCAUCGAUGGAGAUGGGAGGGACACCUUUGACAUCAGCACAGACCCCACCAACCGCUUCGGUAUCAUUAUGGUGAAGAAGCUGCUGGACUUUGAGAAGAAGCCUAGCUACACCCUGAAGGUAGAGGGAGUCAACACCCACCCGGACCUGACCUUCCAAAACCCUGGGCCCUUCAAGGAUGUCACUAUCGUGCACGUGAGUGUGGAGGACGUGGACGAGCCCCCCCUUUUUGACUCAGCAGCAUACUACAUGGAGCUGCCAGAAGACGCAGAGAUCGGAACGGUGGUGAGGACGGUGACAGCGCGAGACCCGGACGCUGCCAACAACACCGUGAGGUACUCCAUCGAGAAGACCAGCGACCCAGACAAAUUCUUCUACAUCGAACUGACGUCCGGGUCAUUGAUGACGGUGCGUUCACUGGACAGAGAGGAAAUCAGCUGGCACAACAUCACUGUCCUCGCCAUGGAGAUGAAUAACCCCUCACAGAUUUCCAGCGUGUCCGUGGCUGUGAAGGUCCUGGACGUCAACGACAACCCCCCAUCCUUAACACACUACUUAGAGACGUAUGUGUGUGAAAACGCUAAAGCGGGACAGCUGGUCGAGACGGUGACGGCAGUGGAUCCAGAUGAGCCCCCAGCUGGACAACACUUCCACUACAGCUUAGCCCCAGAAGCCGCCAACAACCCCAACUUCACCCUGAGAGACAACCAAGACAACACGGCGUGGAUCCUGACGCGUCGCAGCAGCUGGUCGCAGAAGGACCAGACCGUCUUCUACUUGCCCAUCUUCAUCUCUGACGACGAGCAGCCGGUGCAGACCAGCACCAGCACCUUGACGGUGCGCGUGUGCAGCUGCGACCACGAGGGCAACGCCAUGUCAUGUAACGCAGAGGCCUACAGCCUGCCCGCCAGCCUCAGCAGAGGGGCACUCAUCGCCAUCCUAGCCUGCAUCUUUGUCCUGCUGGUGAUGAUUCUACUCAUGCUUUCCCUGCGGAGCCACUGGAAGAAGCCGUAUCUGUGCGAUGAGGAAGAAAAUAUCCACGAGAACAUUGUUCGCUAUGACGAUGAAGGUGGUGGUGAGGAAGACACAGAGGCCUUUGACAUCGCCGCCAUGUGGAACCCGCGUGAGGUGCACCACAGAGGAAAGACCAGGCAGGACAUGCUGCCGGAGAUCGAGAGCUUGUCUCGCUAUGUGCCUCAAGCCUGCGUGGUGGGCGGCAGAGGGGACGGGAACGUUCACGGAUACGUCCUGGCGAAGCUGCUGGAGGCUGACGGGGACCCCUGCGCCCCCCCGUACGACUCGCUGCAGACAUACGCCUAUGAGGGCGACGGGUCCAUCGCAGAGUCGCUCAGCUCGCUCCAGUCAGGGAACUCCAACGCUGACCACGAGUACGACUACCUAAACGACUGGGGGCCUCGCUUCAAAAAACUGGCAGAGAUGUACGGCGUGGUGGAGACCAGCAGCCCCCCAGUGUGGUAGAACGUUCCACAGUCUGAGGGAAGGAGAACAAAUACAGCUGCUCUCCACAUCCAUGAGUCUCCUGGCGGAGCUCCAUCCUCCGCAGGGCCUGCAACAGAAUCAGCGGGGGGCAGACGCAACCCCCCAGCCUGAACCACCAGAGGUGGGGGGGCCUUGGUUCAAUGAAUUUCAGAAAGUCGUGCAGGUGAUGCAAACUGCAGCGAGACUUUGUCCAUUUUUUGCUGGAAAGUUGGGAGCAGUGGGUUCAAUUCCAGUUCAUGUCAUGUUUGUGUUUAACUUAUUUGGCUUCUUUAAACCUUGUGCUUUAAAAGAUUGUCAUAUGACUGGGGUCCAAAUGACCCAAACCAUGUGGAGGAGAAGCUGCAAGCCACUGUGACUUUAUUUGAAUCCUUUUUAACCUUCUUAAAGUGAAUUUUACAUUGAUUUACACCUGGUUCUUACCUGGAAACCUGCAGCAUUGUGGUCAAAAUUGGGCAAAAACCUGCUCAAUUUCAGAUUCUGCUGAUGUGCUGGAGUCUGGAGAUCGACUUGCUGCGCUGCUCCUCACAAAUGUGGCUUAAACUUCCAAUCGUGGGCUGCAGAGACUCAGAGAAUCAAGUGCCAAAUGUCAAAAGGACAAAUAUGAAAGGAACAAAACACACCAAAAGAAGAAUUUUGAAAAGCCGGAUUGAAGCAGUCUUUGUUGAAUGUGGACUCUUUUUGUAUUUUUCAUAAUAAAAAGUUUAAACAUAACAUC